CGGAUGUACCGUCAGGGCCGGGGCCACGUGACUGGCGCGCGGGGCUCGACAUGGAGGCGCUGCCGCUGUGGGUGGCGCUGCCUGUCGGCUCGCUGCUGCUGCUUCUCUUCCUGCUGCUGCUGCGGUGGCAGCGCCGUGCCCGAGGGCCCGAGCUUGAGGAUGGAGCACAGGCGCCGGUCGCGGCCGGCACCAGACCCCGCGCCGCGGCCAACGAAGAGCGGGCGCCGGGGGAGCCGCGUCGAGUCCGCAACCUUCGGCACCGGCGCGACGCUCAGAGACUGGCGCAGCAGCAGCAGCAGCUGCACAGGGAUGAUGAGGGCGGUGCCGAGUGGGAGGGCGACUCCGGGGACUCGGAGGAGGAGGUGGGCGGGGGGAAGAUCGGAGCCAAGAAGCAGCGCAAGCUGCAGAUGAAGCAGGAGAAGAAGUCGCAGAGAGAGGCGGAGGAGGCAGAGAGGGAGGAACGCCGGCGAAUGGAGGCGGCGCGAGACGAGCAGCGCAAGAAGGAGGAGGCGCGGGAGCGUGACAGUGAGGAGCGGCAGGCCGAGAAGGCGCUCCGGGCCAAGGAAGAGGAGGAGAGGCGUGAGCAGGAGGAGUACCUGAAGCUCAGGGCGGCCUUUGUGGUGGAAGAGGAGGGCAUGCUGGAUGAGGCCACCGAGCAGGAGUCCCAGAACCAGCUGCAGGAAUUCAUCGACUUCAUCAAGGCGUCCAAGGUCGUGCUCAUGGAGGACCUGGCGUCGCACUUCGCCAUGAGGACACAGGACGCCGUGAGCCGCGUGCAGGACCUCAUGGCGGACGGCAACCUGAGUGGUGUGCUCGAUGACCGUGGCAAGUUCAUUUACGUGACCGAGGAGGAGAUGGACUCCGUGGCGCGCUUCAUCCGGCAGCGUGGCCGCGUGUCACUCGCAGAGUUGGCGUCAGCGAGCAGCACGCUGGUUUCACUCAAGCCCAAUGAGAGCCUGCUGCAGGCCCUGGGAUAGCCCUUCCGCUCCACAGCUGCUCCUUAGUCCACCGCGUCAGCCAGCUUGGCCGGGGGCUCUCUGGUCGUGCUGGCGGCCAGCGGGCGCGCCCUUGCGAGCUGGGAAGGACUGCGGCUUGCGUCGCUUGUACUGCCCGGCCCAUUCUGGGGCACCCUUGGGGUUUCCCCAAAAUGAAUUAAAUUUACAAUCAAAUCCUCACCACCGGUUGAUUGCUUAAAUCGGAAUGCAUGUGUCGGGUAAGGUAUAGAAAGUGUAAUGAAUGUAAAAUUGAAUUAAAGAUAAUAAUGAUGUUUGUGUUGAACUCUGA